AUGGAGGCCAAGGGCGACCUAAUGGUGACCGAGGAUGCAGGCUACAAGAACAACACCUCAUGGAAAGCUGAGAUCAUCAAACCCAAAGCACUGCGACAGGGCGAUAGCACAGUACCACACAACACAGACGACAUCCAAGACCUCCCCAAGACUACGCUCAACAAGAUCAAG